AUGGAGUCUAUUGCUGAGAUUGUUGGCAAAGCCCUUGAACAUGCUUUGCGUCCCAUUCAGGAGCGCUUGGACGCGAUCGAACGCCGUCCUGGUCCUCCACAGCUCCGCAGGCUAUCGCCCAGGCAGAGUGCUCUUGGCCCGCGGAGUGUGGGGGAUGCAGACGGUGCGAUGCCAGGCUCAGCUUUGGCUGCUGGUAGUUCUACGCCCUCUUUGGGGCCGUUUGCUUUACCUGGCUCAGCUUUGGCUGCAGGUUUGUCGGACUCCCAGCGUUUAUCGCUAUCUGCGGGAGGUCCCGUGUCAAGCGCUUCACGCAUAGUCAUUCGGCCUGGCUCAGCUUUCGCUGCAGGCUCGACGGAGCACACACGCUUGUCACUCUCAGCGGAAGAUCCUCUGUCAAGUGCUUCGCGCACAGUCGUUCAGUCUGGUUCAGCUUUGGCUGCCAGCUCGACGGAUCUCGUGUCCAGGUCCAGUGCUUCGCGCACGGUCAUUCUGCUGGCUCAGCUUUCACUGCAGGCUAUGCCGACUUUCCGGGCUCAGUAUCAAAAUGAAUGCCUAGAUGGUACACACACUUGCAGUUCUGAUGCCACAUGCAUUAACUCAAUUGGAUCAUAUCAUUGCACGUGUAAAUCUGGGUACACAGGUGAUGGUAUAUCUUGCACAGACCAAAAUGAAUGCCUAGAUGACAAACACAAUUGCAGUUCUAAUGCCACAUGCAACAACUCAAUUGGAUCACAUCAAUGCACAUGUAUAUCUGGGUACACAGGUGAUGGUGUAUCUUGCACAGACCAAAAUGAAUGCCAAGAUGGUACACACGCCUGCAGUUCUGGUGCCACAUGCAACAACUCAAUUGGAUCAUAUCAUUGCACGUGUAAAUCUGGGUACACAGGUGAUGGUAUGUCUUGCACAGAUCAAGAUGAGUGUCUAUAUCAGACUCACAAUUGCGGCUCCAAUGCUACUUGUACCAACACGAUUGGUUCCUACAACUGCACAUGUAACGCUGGGUUUGCAGGUGACGGCACAUCCUGCAAAGACCAAAAUGAAUGCCAAGAUGGUACACACGUCUGCAGUACUGGUGCCACAUGCAACAACUCAAUUGGAUCAUAUCAUUGCACGUGUAAAUCUGGGUACACAGGUGAUGGUAUAUCUUGCACAGAUCAAGAUGAGUGUCUAUAUCAGACUCACAAUUGCGGCUCCAAUGCUACUUGUACCAACACGAUUGGUUCCUACAACUGCACAUGUAACGCUGGGUUUGCAGGUGACGGCACAUCCUGCAAAGAUUCCUAG